AUGAAGUCAACGACGAUCUUACUACCUCUGUACACUGCAGCCCUUGCAGCUGCAUUUUCGCAUCCCAAGGACCCCCAGGCGGUCCUGCAGGAGCCGCAGCUUACUAUCAUCGAGCCAGACGAGUAUCUCAUCGAGCUGUCACCGGGUGAGACAAGAUGGGUUACAGAGGAUGAGAAAUGGGAGCUACGCAAGCAAAACAUUAACUUCUUCGACAUCACGCACAAUGAAGAGCUCGGCACACUGGAUCGCCGGUUCAAGACCGAGAGCGUCAAGUUCCCAGAAAAGCCUGUACACAACGAGACCAUCGUUCCCCUGCUCAAGAAGCUGGAGAAGAACAACAUGCGCGAGCAUCUCGAGACCUUCACCUCUUUCCACACGCGAUACUAUAAGUCCAAAUACGGAGUCGAGAGCUCGGCAUGGCUCCUUGGCCAGGUCAACAAGACUCUUGCGGAUGCAGGCGCUGUCAAGGCCUCCGUGAAGGCGUUCCCGCACCCAUGGGGCCAGUCCUCCAUCAUCGCCACCAUCCCUGGCAAGAGCGACAAGACAAUUGUCAUCGGCGCUCACCAGGACAGCAUCAACCUCUUCUUCCCAGCUCUCCUGGCCGCCCCAGGCGCCGACGACGACGGCAGCGGUACCGUAACUAUCCUCGAAGCCCUGCGCGUACUCCUUAAGUCGGAAGAGAUCCUCAAGGGCGAGGCAGACAACACAAUUGAGUUCCACUGGUACUCUGCUGAGGAAGGAGGCCUCUUGGGAUCGCAGGCCAUCUUCCAGUCCUACGAGAAGGAGGCUCGCAAGGUCAAGGCUAUGCUUCAGCAGGACAUGACCGGCUACGUCCAGAAGACGCUGGACGCGGGCGAGCCUGAGUCUGUUGGUGUCAUUACUGACUUCGUUGACCCCGGUCUCACCGAGUUCAUCAAAAAGAUCAUCACUGUCUACUGUGGCAUUCCGUAUGUUCUGACCAAGUGCGGUUACGCCUGCUCAGAUCACGCCAGCGCGUCCAAAGCCGGCUACCCGUCAGCCUUCGUCAUUGAGUCCGACUUCAAGUAUAGCGACAACAAGAUACACACAACCGAAGAUAAGAUUGAGUAUCUGAGCUUCGACCAUAUGCUUCAGCACGCGCGUAUGACGCUUGCUCUGGCGUAUGAACUUGCUUUUGCCAAGUUUGACUAG